UCUAAUAUUUUCAAGAAAUGUGGUCAGUGAAAUUGUUUUCAUCAUGAGCGAUGAUGAAUCAUGUUCCGAGUGUUACUUGGAAAGCAUUGAAAGGAAAUGGAACCAAAUACUAUUGAAUUGGGUAAACAAAUGCAUUGUAAUUAGAGAAGUACAAGAAUUAAGUUCUAAAAUUUUAGUGAACAUUAUUAACAAAUACAAGGAUGAUAUAAGCAUUGACGAGUCUAACACACUUCCAUUACGAUCAGAUGGUAUUAAAUUUUUUAUCAGGAACAAAUUUCCUAUACUGAGAAUUUGGACUCUUGUUAAGGAAAAUGAUUAUCAAAAAAUUACAUUGAUAAUGACGUCAUUACUUUUAUAUUAUUUCUGUACAAAUUCACAAUACGGUAAAGUUGAUGCUGAUAUUUAUGAAAAACUUUCAAAAGAAGAACAAAUGAUAAUAUUAAAGUUUUGCGAAAAUUUGGCUGAAAUGGAAGUCACUAUUAAUAACAUUGGGAGAGCUUUAAGAGGUGCAUAUGAAGUAUCUAUUAAAGAAGAGAAGACUGGUAAAAGGAUACAAAAAGGAAACGAUAUUGAAUCGGAGCUCGAAGCUUCUAGUAGCAUAUCAUAUGAUCUCACAAAAGCCCGGACAUUGAAAUUUAAAUCUUCAAUAACUGUUUUGCCAUCAGUAGUUACUGAUACAUCUUUAUCAAAAUCCUCCUUAGAAAGAUUUCCUGAUGAACCUGAUUAUAAAGUAGGUUAUUUGGGAACUAAGCUGGAUAGAGAAAAUAUUGUUUCAACGGCUACAAGAAAUAUAACAGAAGAGCAAAGCAUUGAAGUUAAGCAAAAACGCAGUAAUGAGUGCAUCGUUCACGAUCACCAGUCCUGUCAGUCGAAUUGCUCUUGUACGAAAUGCAGCACAAUUGGUCCAUGCUGUGGUGACCCAGGUAGCACUAAGGAGUUUUGUGACGAUAAUCCAAAGGCUGCUGUAACGUUAAACUAUCGAGAAAAUUUAGGCUGGACAUGGAUAUGUCAAGAUAAUAUCUGCCAAAGAUUGUUUCAUUCGGCCUUCAAUGUAACUACGUACUCUUCUAUAAGUCGCUGUACAUUAUUGUGUAGCGGUUUACCGCUAUGGCCUUACCCAAUCGGCAAUAUAUAUUACAAUAAAACUAUUGUCACUAUAUCAACUAAGAAACUUGAAUAUAAAUUUAAAUCUGUACCAUCUGUUGCAGUUCAAGAAUAUUUGUCUGAUGGUUUCAAUUUAUUCUUGAAAUAUCUGAUUAGGAUUGAAAAAAGUACGCCAAGGAAUGUGAAUGAUUCUGACGUCAAAAAAAUUAAUAUACAAAUCGAUAUUGAAAGUGAUCCUGAUCCAAGGCUACGGUUAAGCACAGAUGAAACGUAUUCACUAAAGUUAGAAACAAUUGAAGAUCAAGUCUUUAUUAAAAUCAGCUCCGAGUCGUUUUGUGGUAUUCGUCAUGGACUUGAAACAUUGAGACAGCUGAUUCUAUUAGAUCAAAGUACAGGUCACUUAAUAACUCUCUCAAAUAUCAUUAUAAAAGAUGGUCCUACAUAUAAGUACAGAGGUCUCAUGAUAGAUACUGCAAGAAAUUUUAUUCCAAUAAUCGAUUUAAUGAGAACCAUCGAUGCGAUGGCUAGUUGUAAAUUAAAUACAUUUCAUUGGCGAAUAUCAGAUGCUACCAGUUUUCCAUUAUAUAUAGAAAAAGUGCCUGAAUUGUAUAAUUAUGGGCCUUACGAUAAAUCAAUGGUUUAUACAAGAGACGAUGUCAAAUUAUUGGUGAAAAGAGCCGGUGUAAGAGCUAUUCGUAUUAUAAUAGAAGUUGCUGCACCAGGACCUGUCGGAAGACCCUGGUCUUGGUUACCUGAAACAACGUGCCCGAAAAAAAGUGAUAAUUUGACAUGCGAAAAUAUUCUCUGCCUACGAUUGUCCAUGCAAGAGUCAGUUUUUAAUACACUCCAAACAAUUUAUACAGAAAUUAUUAAAUUAACACACGUAGAUGAUGUGUUUCAUUUGAGUGAUAGUCUGUUUUCAUUUACUAAUUGCUACAACUUAAUAAAUGACAGAGAUGGUUUUUUGGACAAAGCUCUAGUCCGUCUAAAGAUGGCAAAUAAAGGUUUCCUUCCAAGACUACCUAUAAUAUGGUACACCCCCCAUUUAAACAGAGACUACGUAGCUAAGGCCUGGAAUAGAUUUGGCGUUCAAUUGAGUAAAUGGGAUGCAAAUUCAUCUAAAAAUAAUUUAAGUACAUUUAGAGUUAUUCAUUCAUCUAAAUGGGAUUUAUCUUGUGAAAUGAUAAAGCAAAGAUGCUCUAAAUAUAGGUCUUGGCAACAAAUGUAUGCAUGGACCUCUUGGCGUAAUUUCGAUACCUUUACCGUUGAGGGUGGUGAAUGUAUACUGUGGACCGAUAUUGUUGACGCUAGUAGUUUAGAUUACCAUUUAUGGCCGCGUGCAGCAGCUGUUGCAGAACGUUUGUGGUCAGACGUAGUCGCCAAUUCAAGUGCGAACAAAUUUGUCUACUUGCGUUUAGAUAUGCACAGAUCUCGAAUGCUUCUACAUGGUAUAAAGACUCAACCAAUUUGGCCAGCUUGGUGCAGUUCCAACCCGAACACUUGCCUUAAAAAAGUGCAUUAAAUAUAGGA